AUGUCUUCUCCCAAAGUAACCAUUGACGCCUAUGCCAUCCUGGCCGUUGCCCGCGAUGCUAGCACUCAGGAAAUCAACGCUGCCUACAAGCGUUUGGCUCUGAAAUUCCAUCCUGACCAUGCUGGCAACACUGAAACCAACAAUGAAAAGUUCAGAGAGAUCAAUGAGGCUGUCGAAAUCCUUCGUGACUCCAAGAGCCGGGGACGGCUUGAUGCCCAAUUGAAUGGAAAGCGCAAGAGAGCGCGCGCUCCUGAUGAAUUUUCGUCUUCCUGCAGCGGGCGGGCAAAGAGAGAGCGCCGCUCCGAGUGCCCCUCUGAGCGCCAAUCCCAGGACUAA